CCAACAUCCGGGAAUGCCGUCCCUCGAAUAUCCACGCUUCCUCAACGUCCUCGUCGCCGCCACCUCGCCCUCCGCCCACCACUUUGCCCAGGAUGUCUUCAAGCGCAUUUCCUGCUUCGACAACGUCCGGUCCCGCACCAUCGUCUGUCUCGACCAGAAGUCCUACCCUACGAAUCCCUUCCUGGUCGCCGACUACUACCACGAUGGCCUUACCCUGGCCUCCGAAGAUAUUUCGCGAGGACACCAGAAGGCCGCCGAGCUGUGUGCAUGGGCUGAUCUGCUCAUUUUGGCCCCGAUGACGGCCGACGAUCUCGCACGAAUGCUCCACGGCAUGACCAACAACCUGCACUUGGGCAUCUUAAGGAGUUGGGAUGUGUCAAAGAAGAUACUGCUCAUUCCGGCCAUGUCCACCCUCAUGUGGGAGAAUCCCAUGACCAAGAAGCAACUUAGCAAAAUCCGGAGAAAGUGGAACUGGAUACGCGUAUUGCAGCCACUACUGUGGACUUUUGAGUCGAAAGUCCGCAAGGACCUUCCUUGGGAUGGCGUCGAUGGUCUGAUUGAGUCAGUUCAGACUCAGGUCGACUUGAUGACAGUGGGCAGAGACGUCGAACAUGUGGCAAUGCCGCUUAUGCAGGCCUUUGAACCAAACGCAAAGCCCGGGCCAAUCCUCCCGCCGGAGCUAUGGUCUAUCAUUAUGGACUACACUGGUGACUGGGAGUUGGCGACUGCACUAAACGUCCACACAAAAGUAUCAACGCCGCCGGAGUGGAGACAAGCCAGCAGCGAAGCCGGACCGCAGACCGCUAUGGAGAAACUUGAAUGGAUCCUCCUCAUUGGCACUCUUAGUGAAGUUAAGGCUCUGCUUGCAACAGACAAGCCUCGACGUCUCUCUCGUUUGUGCAUCAAGAUCAUCAUGCGUUUUGCCAAAGUCAACCUCCUCACCCACCUGGAGACUGCACACCAGGAACUCUUCUGGUCCACCUUUGGGCACUCCUUCCUUCCAGUAAAAUCAUCCUCUGUUUUUGGCAGAGUUGAGAUACUAGAGUAUUGGCGCACAUCUCCCUCCUUCCUCACAAAAGAAUAUUCGAACGAGGCCAUGGACAACGCCAGUCGCGCCGGCUUUGUACACGUGCUCGAGUGGUGGUACAAUUCCGGUCUGUCGCUCAAAUACACUGAGGCUGCCCUAGAGCAAGCCAGCAGCCAAGGCCACAUCGCCGUGCUUGAAUGGUGGAAGCAGCACGGCCUCCACGAACGUGAUUCCAGGUCCUCGUCCACCCCAUCUAGCUCCACCGCCAGUGCCGAUGCUGAUGAAAGCGAUCGGUCGACUCGCGCCCCCAUCCGCCUCAAGGUUGGGAAAUCCAUUUCCUACGCCACACAGUCCGGACAUCUUCCAACCGUCCGCUGGUGGAGUGAGUCUGGUAUCGCUUUCCCACAUGAAGACACCGUCGCCAAGCUAGCGUCAACCCACGGCCAUGUCCAUAUCUUGGCCUUUUGGCGUAAGCUCCGUGGUGAGAAGAUGCUAUUUGAUAACCAGGUUCUUGUUGGCGCAACCAAAAUGGGCCACGCCGAUGUGCUUGAGUGGUGGAAGCGGAGUGGGCUGCGUGUCGAAUAUAAGACAUGUGACAUCGAGGAGGCACUCGAAGACGGAGUCGAAGGCGACAAAGGGGAGAGGGUCAAACGGUGGUGGGCACAGAAUGGGUUGAAUUUGGGCGUUGCCACGAGCGAGUGGAUGCGCACCAAAGCUCUGGGAACGUGAAGUUCAACUCGUCCUUGGGGUCAUGGGAAUAGAAUACAUACCAACGGCUCUGAGAGUCAGCUUGUGAUAGUAAUAACAAACACAGCCCUAUAAAGUAAAUCACGACUCCCGAGG